AUGACCGUCCACAUGGAGCCCCUCGAUCAUCACGACGAGGCCCACGAUGAUUCUGUUGACCUGGUCUACUCUGUCGACGGCGUCUCUAUCAACGACUUCACUCCUUCUCUGCCAUCGCUCGUCAACCGCCUACCCGAAUCCGACGCUCGCAGCGUCAGCACUGUUGGUUCCACUGAUGGCGACACAAUCAGCGACCACGCCAGCGAUGCCGACUACGAUGAGAUUUCCUACAACGAAAUCCCCGCUCUCGCUGGUCGUACUCGCGAUCAGAGAAGCGAGCCGUCUGAUGAAGAGAUGGAGGCUGUCAUGAUGAGUGACAGAACCAUCGUUCCUCACACACCUACCAUGGCUCAGCGUAUGCCACACCUCUCUUCGGAGUCUAUUACCAAGCCUGAUACCAUGCCUGAGCACGUCCGUCUCAUUGGUAUGUCCCUGGCCGAGAAGCCCUACCAGCUUCCUGACCGCCCUCUUCGCUUGGUCUACCUGGGUGAUGCUCUGAACACCAACAUGGUUGUCCUCACUAUCAUGGCCAAAGCCUAUGGUGCCCUGACCGGCUGUUCUUACGGCAAGGAGGCUAUUCUAGACGCAGCAGCCAGCGAUCCCACGGACCGUAGUGACGACGUCUUCCGCACCCUCGCCAAUCUACGUACACCUGUCGAGAUGAUUCGCGCUAAUCAAUACAGCCCCAAUGCUGAGACUGGUCCAGCAAUCAUGACAAUGGACAGGCAGAAAUUCGAUCUUGAGGUCCUGAGACCCGACUUGGUAGUCCUUCACCACGCCGACCCUGACUACGCUUGGCUCCCGUUCAUCAAGAUGGUGGCUAUGCACGGUAUACCAGUUGUGGAAAUCCAGGAUGAGCUACGCCUUAACACUGUUAAAGUCGGAAGCCCGGUAUGUGUUGUCACACAGACGGUUCAGGGCAACCACUGUCUUCGUCUUUCCCUUGUGUCGAGCUCCGAAGACAGGGACGAGGAUGCGGUGUCCUCAGUCAAGGAAGUGCCUUUGUCACAGGACGCUUUCUAUGCUUUGAAUGACGAUGUUCUGAGCCGUCACGUUGCCUUCCUCACUGACAGGGCCACGAAGCUCGAGGAGACUAAGGAAAACACGAAGGAUAUGGAGAUGUGUGUUCAUCCCGCAAAGCAGUCGGAGUCACCUAAACUGAUGUCGCUCCUCACUUCCUUCUUCACCAAGACCGCCGGCAAGAGUCUCUUAGCACUGCUCAUGCUCUUCUUCGCCACCAGCUUGCAAGUCUACUUCCUUCGUCAGGAGAGCCCUGCCUCAGAGUUGGCCACUCGUACACCUGUGCUCCAAGCAGCUUUGCACAACUCCGGAUUUGCCAAAGUCAAUGCAACCGACAUCCUUCGCUACCCUGUCACCACCAGCAUCGUUGGCAACUCGACCACGACUGCCGUCGCUUUCCCCACGGCUGUUCACGUUCAUGUUGCCAAGUCUGAUCAGCUUCUCGUCUCCCUUCCCAAGGCUUACUGGAAGUCUGGUCAGAUCGGUGUCUUCAAGAACGGCAAGCCUUUGAGUAAUGUCAGCAACACCAGAGUCAUCGACGGAGUGCUCGCAAUUUCGUUGCCUCCAUCUGAUGCACAUGGUCAGAUCCAGAUCAGCGUCAUCUCAACAAAUGUGCCUCUCCGUAACGAGACCGUCAAGGUCGACCUUGGCAACCGUCUCCUCCAGCGUGCCACCUACGAGAAUGCCGCAAAGGGUGUCCAGCAGGAUGUCACUGUAGUCCACAAUGCGGCCAAGCUUGCUCAAGCCAAGGUCGUCUCUGAUGUUCACUCCGUCUUCAACAUGUCGGCUUACUGCAUCAGAGCCUUUGGCAGUAACAUCCUGGAAGGUGUCAAGUCUACUGGUAACGCUAUCGGAUCCAUGUCGAACCACACGACUCAUGGCUUGUCUUACAUGGGCGGUCUUACCUACAACAAGACCUCAGAUCUUGGUUCUUUCGUCAAGAGCGCUAUCCCCCAGAGACGUCACUGGAUCAGAGCUCGCAACAACGCUCUCAAGAUCAGAACAAGACUACUCCGCAAGUCUACCGCUCCCAAGCAGAUUGCUGACAAGCCACACCGUGGAAUUUCUGAAGUCUUGUCGUCCCUGAAGACUCAGUUCGCAGAGCUUCAGAAGCAGUUCCCCAGCUUCAAUGCUCUUAAGAGAUCAACUCCCUCCGAGCAGCGCAGCAAAGCUUCCCAAACAGCCAGCAAGGUCAAGUUGAACGUCGAGACAGUCGUCCGGCCCAAGAUGAGGAAGACUGCUUCCUCGGCUACUGACACAGUCAAGAUCAUCAAGGCUCACAAGCGGUCCAAGGGCACUGGCAAGAAGCUCAAGUCAUAG